GCGCUGGAUGGUCCUUUCCUGUUGUUGGGCCGCGUAGUGGCGCAGCAAACAGUAAACAGCGUUCAUCAUGGGUCGUAUGCACACACCUGGCAAGGGUAUUUCGAGGUCUGCCCUCCCGUAUCGGCGGAGCGUGCCCACAUGGCUGAAGUUGACUUCAGAUGAUGUUAAAGACCAGAUUUUCAAGCUGGCUCGCAAGGGGCACACGCCAUCAGAAAUCGGCGUCAUUCUCCGUGACACGAUGGGCGUGGCCCAGACCCGCUUCGUCACCGGCAACAAGAUCCUGCGGAUCCUGAAGAGCAAGGGCCUGGCGCCGGACAUCCCGGAGGACCUGCACUGCAUGAUCAAGACGGCCAUCGCCAUCCGCAAACAUCUGGAGAAGUUCAGGAAGGACAAGGACUCCAAGUUCCGUCUGAUUCUGAUCGAGUCGCGUAUCCAUCGGUUGGCGAGAUACUACAAGAAGAAGCAGGUGCUUCCGCCCACCUGGAAGUACGAGGCCGCCACGGCUUCGGCCCUGGUUGCCUAAUUUGUGACUAUGUGACGAGAAAUAAAAAAACUGAUACACCUUG